UAAUUCUAUUAGAUGGAAAAAAAGUUUGUGAAGCAAAAUGGAAUUUACUGUGAAGAUGAUUAACAUUUUCAUAGAGGACAGAAAAUAAAAUAUCUUAUGAUAAAAAAAGAUAAGGGUUCUAUUACUAAAAGAUUAUUUUGUGAUGAAUGUUACUUAGGAAAAUAUAAAUCAUAUUAAUAAUAUUGUUGUGAUAUCUAAGAGGUUAAUACUAUUUAUUUAAAUUAGUUGAUCAAUGGUAACAUAUAUGAAGCUUUCAAAUAUACAAAAUUUGAUAGUGAAACUAAAUAAUAAUAUUUCAAUUAUAUUAGAAAUCACAAUCCCUAUUUAAAUGAGUAAUUUAUUAAUGAUGUAUAAUAUUUAAAUAUGUAGAUGAUUGAUAGGCUUACUGAAGAAGUUUUAUCAGAUAUCAAAGACCUCAAAGAUAAGCUAUUAGAAAACAUUAGUUUAUAUCUAAAUGAAAUAAAAAAGUGGGUUGAAAAUGAGAAGAUUAUUAAUUAUUUUGAAUGUGAUGAUUUGAAAGUAAAAUUCCUGGAUGAAAAUUUUUAAAGAAGUCCCUUAAAAUUUGAAGCAUUAAAUAGUUCUGCUGAAGAAUAUGUAAAAAAAAUUAAUGAUGAUAAAUUAACAAUAGAUGUAGAAACAAUUAUUAAAGAAUAAUAGAAAUUGUAAAUAUAUAUCAUUAUCUUAUUAGUUUUAAUUUAGAUAAAUUCAAUCUUAAUUAUAAAGAAAUAAUACAAUAAAUAAAAAAUAUGCAAGAAAAAACAUUUUCAGAUUAUAAAUUCUCUUAAUCCAUUUUAGCCAAUCCUUAUAUUGAAAGGAUUGCUCAAAAAAUUUCACCAGAAACAGAAGAAACAUUUAUUAAGAGUUUAAAUCUAAUUUAUAGAAUGACUAAACAUGGAUCAAAUUAUCAAACUUUAUAAUAAAUCCCUAAUUUAGAUAGUCAAGAUACAAUUACUAUUAUUUAAACAAAAAAUAAAUGCAUUUUCGGAGUCUAUCAUUGUAAAUCAGAGCCAAAAAAAUCAAUACUAUUUUAAAUGAACAAAGAAAAAUAUUUUUUAAUUAAAGAGAGUAAAGCAGCCUUUCAAUUAAAUUUAAACGCUAAUUUAUAAACUUGGCUUCUGAAUUUUGGAGAAGGUGAUAUUAUUAUCAAUUCUACAUUUACUAGAUGUACAUCGAAUUUAGGAACAGGAUUUGAUAUAAGUGGAUUUAAGAUCUUUGAUAACCAAGAAUAUCUAUCAGAUUGCAAAUUAUUUGAUAUAUAUGAUAUGGAAAUAUUUGCAGUGCAAAAUAAAGAAAAAAUAAAUAUUAAUCAAAAUCCUGUGAGAACGACUUAGAUUAAUAAUCCUUAGAUUAAUAAUCCUAUAUUUAAUAAUCCUUAGAUAAAUAAUCCUUAGAUUAAUAAUCCUUUUAAUAAUCCUUAGAAUAAUAAUCCUUAGAUAAAUAGUCCUUUUUUGCCUACACUUUAAAAAAAAUGAAAUAAUC